CUCCUGGCGCGUCCGCCGGCCGGUCGGUCGUCUUCCCUCGGUCUCUGAGACCGCGUCCGCACCUCCAAGUGCAUUAGUACUCGGUGUGAACGAAAAACUUUUUUGAACUUUAUUCCAAAAACCAACAAUGAGACUUUUAAUAUUCUUUAAGUUUCUUUUACUUUUUAAAUUAAGUUUAACUUCUGGGCAAGAUUGCCCGCCAAAAUGCGAGUGCGUCCGAAACGCGGUGCGGUGUCUGCGCAAGGGCCUGACUGCCGUGCCGAAAGUUCCAUCCGACAUACACACUCUGGAUCUCCGCUUCAAUAAGCUGUACGACAUCGGCGGCGGCGUGUUUUCGCACCUGCACCAGCUGCGCUCGCUGCUGCUCAACGACAACCAGCUGCGCGCCCUGCGCUCCGGCGCCUUCCACGGCCUGCGCCGAGUCAAGUACCUAUACCUCUACAGGAACCGGAUUCAGACUAUCGACCCCGAUGUCUUUAAGACCAUGCCGCAUUUGGAACAACUCUACUUGCACGUGAACGAAAUCCAUGAGAUUCAAGCACACACAUUUUCACACAUGCCCCGCCUGGAACGCUUAUACCUGCACAACAACCGGCUGGAGCACGUGCCGUUCGGCUCGUUCACGGGCAUGCCGAAGCUGCGCAAGCUGCGGCUGGACAGCAACGCGCUGGUGUGCGACUGCAGCGCGCUGUGGCUGGUGCGCAUGCUACGCGCGCACACCGACAUGAACGUCGCCGCCACCUGCUACGGCCCGCCGGACCGCCUGGGCGUCCCCAUCGCGACUCUCACGGAAUAUGACAUGCAUUGCAAGCAACCCGAAAUACACCAAGGUCCCGAAGACGUAGUGGUAGAGUUUGGCAAGGACGCUAUAUUUACCUGUACCGCCGCUGGGGACCCGAGGCCUGAAAUAGUCUGGUUCCGCGACUCCGUGGCCCUCCCUUUAGAGACUACCCGAUACGAAGUACAGACGAACGGCAGCCUCAUGAUACACAACGUGGAUGAGACGGACGUCGGAAUAUUUGAGUGCAUGGCUAAGAAUCCGACUGGAGAAGCGCGUUCCCGACCCGCAAGAAUGAUGAUGAUGUUACAUGACGAAGCUACAGAAAAUGACAUUCCCGUUUUCAAGAUAAGGCCUACAAGUCAAGUAGUCAAAAAAAGAAACGUUCGAGUCAGAUUUGAUUGUGUAGCUAAAGGAAAUCCACCGCCUCAUAUCUCCUGGUACUUCAAAGGAACGAGGCUUCUACUUGACAUCAGAACGGAUUUAAAGUUGAACGGCUCGAUUUUCAUCGAGGACGUGCAGUACGUUGAUGUUGGAGAAUACACAUGUGUAGCGGAAAAUGUACAUGGCAAAGUGAAUGCAUCGGCUGAACUUCAAGUUUUAGUUCCCCCUUCAUUUAUCAAUGUGCCAAAGGACGUUACAGCUACUGAAGGAGAUAACAUUGAAUUCACGUGUUCGGCUCGAGGAUCACCAAAACCUGUCAUAAGCUGGUUUAUGAACACCAUGACAUUACCAGUAAGUGACGACUAUGUCUUUACAAAUGAAAAUGAAAAGUUUACCAUUCUAGAAGUGACAAAGGACGACGCCGGAAUUUAUCACUGCAGAGCGGAAAAUUCCGAAGGCAUUACAGAAAUUUCUGCAGUUCUAAAUGUUGAAGAAUUUAAAGUAAUACCGCCUCGCAUAAUUCUUAAGCCGGUCGAUACCGACGCCUAUAAAGGGACAUCUGUACAGUUACCGUGCGAUGUUGAGAGUGACCCUCCUGCCUCCGUGGAAUGGACUAAAGAUGGUUCCUCAAUAUUGUUGGAAGAUAGAAUUUUGAUAACUUUGAUAGGUAGUUUAAUAAUAAACAAUGUAACAUUAACUGACACCGGCCGGUACGAAUGCUUGGCAUCUAAUGAAUUCGGUAAGGAUACUGCAUCUUUGUUUCUUUCCGUUAAGGAUCACACACUUCCAGGAGAACAAUAUGUCAACAUAGCGCUGACUGAAGCGACAAGAGACAUAGAUCAAGCGAUUGCUAGAACUGUACAAGAAAUAUUUACAAACACCACAGCAAAAAAAGACGUCCACGAUCUUUUUAGAAUAGCUCACUUCCCAAACGCGCCCGCACGAGAACUAGCUCGUGCUGCUGAAAUAUAUGAACGAACUCUAGACAAAGUAAAAGAUUUUAUCCAAGGUGGUCUAAAUGUAACGAGUGUAGAAUCAUUUAAUUACAACAAUGUUCUCGGUCAGCAAAAUCUAGAUUUGAUUGCCCGAUUAUCGGGCUGCACGGCACACCGAGAAAGUAAAGAUUGUUCGGACAUGUGCUUUCACAACAAAUAUCGCAGUAUCGACGGCAGCUGCAAUAAUUUUGCACACCCUAUGUGGGGUGCAUCUUUGACAGGUUUUCGGAGAAUACUUUUUCCUAUAUAUGAAAAUGGUUUUAGUCAACCAGUGGGUUGGAACAAAGGUGUAAAAUACAAUGGAUAUGAACUACCAAGUGCUCGGGCCGUAUCCACCUCUAUAAUAACUACAACAGAGAUAUCUCAGGAUAUCGAGAUUUCGCAUAUGGCGAUGCAAUGGGGCCAGUGGUUGGACCACGAUUUAGAUCACGCGCUACCAUCUGUAAGCUCUCAAACGUGGGACGGAGUCGAUUGUAAAAAAACAUGUGACUAUGCAGCUCCAUGUUUUCCCAUUGAUGUUCCAAAUAAUGAUCCACGAAUCACAAAUCGCCGGUGCAUAGACUUUAUUAGAACAAGUUCGGUAUGUGGAUCGGGAAUGACGUCCGUUUUAUUUGGAAGUCUGCAGCCGCGAGAACAAAUUAAUCAACUAACUUCAUUUAUUGAUGCUUCACAAGUUUACGGGUUCGAAAGUGCUGUAGCUACUGACCUACGAGAUUUGACUAACGAGAACGGAUUAUUGCGUGUCGGCGUUACGUUUCCCGGAAGAAAGCCACUGUUACCUACAACAGGCAUAAACGGAAUGGAUUGCAGGUUAAACCUUGCAGAAAGCGACCGCGCUUGUUUCGUUGCAGGUGACAUCAGAGCCAAUGAACAAGUUGGUUUAGCGGCUAUGCAUACUAUCUGGAUGCGUGAACACAAUCGUCUUGCCCUGAAAUUGAAAUCCCUGAACUCAUUUUGGGACGGAGAAAAGGUAUACCAGGAAGCAAGGAAAAUAGUUGGAGCAGAAAUCCAAAUGAUAACUUAUAAACACUGGUUACCGAUUAUUCUUGGUAAGGGUUACGAUAAAUUAGGAGAUUAUACGGGAUACAAUAGCAAUUUGAACCCUUCAAUUUCAAAUGUUUUCGCUACAGCGGCGCUAAGAUUUGGCCAUUCUAUGAUUAAUCCAAUUUUGCAUCGUUACGAUGAAGAUUUCGAACCCAUUCCUCAAGGACAUUUGCUGCUGAGAAAUGCAUUCUUUGCUCCCUGGAGACUUGUCGACGAAGGCGGAGUGGACCCUUUGCUUCGUGGUAUGUUCACAACACCGGCUAAAUUGAAAACUUCUACUCAAAAUCUAAACUCAGAACUAACCGAGAAACUCUUUUAUUCUGUCCACGCAGUUGCUCUAGACCUUGCAGCUAUUAAUAUUCAAAGAGGACGUGAUCAUGCUAUUCCGCCUUAUACGAAAUGGAGACAAGUUUGCAACAUGAGCGAAGUUAAAGAUUUUGAUGACUUAUCUCAUGAAAUAUCGGAUGUAAAUAUAAGAGACAAACUUAAAGAGCUUUAUGGAUCUGUUCACAACAUCGAUGUCUGGGUAGGAGGAAUAUUAGAAGACCAGGUGGAUGGAGGUAAAGUCGGCCCACUUUUCAGCUGCCUUCUAAUAGAGCAAUUUAAGCGUUUGCGAGAUGGAGACCGAUUAUGGUAUGAGAGUCCAAAUCUAUUUAAGCCUGAACAACUGGAUCAAAUACAAAAAACAAGUCUAGCUCGAGUGUUGUGCGAUAAUGGUGACAAUAUUGAUACGGUCGGUGAAAACGUAUUUUUGAUUCCUGAAGUGCAAGAUGGAAUGGUAUCCUGUGAUGACCUGCCUUCGAUAGAUAUUCGAUUUUGGGCGGAUUGCGAAUCGUGUGGAGAAUAGUAAUACGUUGUCGCGCUCGCGUAGGGCUGCUGUCAAUGAGACAUUCCACGAUGCGCGUAUAUUUGAUUUAGAACAAGCAAAUGCAGACUUAAAGGAAACUGUGAGCGCCCUUUUGAACAGGAUUGAACAGCUAGAAGAAAUAGUACGAGAAAAUAACAAACUCGCUGAAAAUUAAUAUACAUUACAACGCUCGGAGAAACUGAUAAAGGACAUACCUAAUACGUUAAACGUAACACACCGAGAGUGGUAUCAUGUGUGUACUUACCUACUUUUUUAAGAUUUUGAUGUCAUAUGCACCAUAAUGGCUUCUUACAUGAGACGGGCUGUAAUUUCUAUUUCUAAUUAUAUAACGGUUUUGAAACUAACUUUUGUAGUAACAGUUUAUUUUAUUAAUGAAGUCCGACUAAGGCAAGUCUGUCGUAGCUGGGCAGAGACAAAGUGUGAAGUGGACACCAUUUGUUUUAUUACACAGCAUUUCAAUAAAACCAAUACAUACAGUCACCCUGUCGCCCCGGUCAAUAAAAAAGUAAUCAAUCGGUCAGCAACAUACAGUCAACAGUGUGGCUCUGUUGCAUCGUGCUCCAUAUUAAGGGUAUGCGCCCACGGGACUUUGUCGUCCGUGGGCACACACUCUAAGAGCCACCCCACACAAGCAUGUGCCAGGAAUACCAUUAUCAAAGUCUAAGUAGACGGACUUCAUUUUGAUUUUAUAAAGAUAUUUGCAAUACGUUGUAUUUGUAUUACAUUAAGUUGCUUUCCAUUUUAGCGGGUAAGUAAUCUAGUCUUUAUCUGUAACAGUGUAUAAGAUUGAGCUUAAAAUAAAUCACAUAAUUAUGCUAAUAUUUACAGGUUAUUUUAUGAAUCUAUAUUUGUCUUUGUAAGAGCUUUGAAAUCUUAUUAGUAUUAAAAUUUAUUGGUACGAGGAUGGUUCGGAUUUUAUCAUCGGGUAGAUAGGUACCUACUUUAAUAAAAAUACUUCACAUAUUUAGAUCAACAUUAACAGUUAUAAUACAUAUAGUUUAAAAAAAAAAUGUUGUUAUUGUUUAUAUAUUGUUUAGUUAAAAGGCCUAAUAUUUAACUUUAACUAUAUUAUAGGCACUAUUCAAAAACUCAAACACAGUCUCUAUUCAAAAACUUGGUAGGUACCUAUUGUUAUAUACUUAUAUUACUUAUACUGCAACGUAUAAUGCAAGAGGGUUGUUAGUUAACUUAUGUUCGCUAUUAUACGUGAAACGCGUUUUAUUGAUGUCUAAUGUUAGAGUAAGUUAAAAUAAACAUUACAGCAUUAGCUACUUCAGUAAUAGUUAUAAUCUAUAGGUAUACUUAAACGGUACUAACUAUGUAGCUCGUCAGGUUGAGAGUUUUUGAGAAUUUGUUCUGAUUAGAUCUUACACUUGUAACGGCCUCUCACCGUCAAAUUCACAACCUAAGCGUUUCCCUUACACAGCGAUCAUUAAUUUCCUGACAUACAUCCGACGUUCCACGUCAGCACUAUCUAUAAAAAAACUACUUUUUCUCAAACAUGCAAUGAAAUAUUGUCUUUACGUUCCUUAAAAUGGGCUGGGAAGUAUCGCUUUUUGGGCGCAACAACUCGAGAGGACUGUAAAGGGAUUUCAUAUUA